CUAUAUAUAGUCCUGGGCUCCUCAGGCUCCUGAGUUCAGUGACUAACUGCUCACCCUUCACUAAAGCUGAAAACUCAAAGCAAAAUAAACCAUGAGGCUGUUCCUGAGUGUCCUGCUGGUCACUCUGGCUCUUUGCUGCUAUGAGGCCAAUGCGUUGGCCUGUCCAGCCUUUGUUACAGAUACCUCAGGCUUUCUCCUGAAACCUACACAUCUCUACAAGCUAUCGCUUGAAAAAUAUAAAGCACCUCCAGAAGUCAUUGAGGCCGUUUUGGAUGUGAAGAGUUGCACAGAUAACAUCUCCAAACCCAGAAAAUUGAUACUUACAGAAAUACUGAUACUUAAAGGAGACUCUCAGCACAUCGACGGCUGGAUUGAGGUCACGAGUUUCCGUCACAAAUGCCCGCAGGGACCGAGUUUUCAGUACCCAGGAGAUGUGCCAUCGGGUUGA